GCUGGGAGCACAGUGGAUUUAGAAAUAAGAAGUACACAUGAUAUCCACGGUGAUCUUAGUUAUCAGAUUUAUUCGAGAGGAUCUAUCGUUGAAUCUGGAACAAUACCAAUGUCCAAUAGGCGUCAGAAAUGGACGUUUAAUGUAACUUCAGCUAUGGCACCAAAAGCAAAAGUAGUUAUAUAUUUUGUAAGAUCAGAUGGUGAAGUAAUUGCAGACGUAUUGGCAGUUAAUGUACAAGGCGUGUUCCAAAAUAAGGUUAACAUUAAAUUUAACCAAACUAGUGCUGAGCCAAUAGAUAAAAUAAGUCUUGAUGUAAAAGCAGAUAAUGGGUCAACAGUGCACGUGCUCGGAGUAGAUAAAAGUGUAUUACUGAUGGCCACUGGCAAUGAUAUCACAGAGUCUCAGGUUAAUAAAGAGAUUAGGAGGUAUGCAAUUAAACCCAGGAAAACGUCGUCAAGUUUUUCUGGAUGUAACUGGCGAUGUAUGAGAAUGCCAAUACCGGUCGGUGGUGAAGAUGUAAUGGACGUAUUCAAUGAUGCUGGGGUAAUCGUGUUUACCGAUGCUCUUAUCUACGAGCACAAAGAAGAACCUAUUUACAUGAUCGGUUCGAUGUCGCCCUGGUUAAGACGCCGGCAAAUGUUUCGGAUGCCGAGUAGAGUGAUGGCAUUUGGAUCUCCAGGACCAGAUGAAGCUUUUGCUUCUAAUGCCGCUAUUAAACAUGAUAGUUUCUUGAAAGAUGUGUCAUUGAAUAGCGCGGCUGCUGUACCACUAGAAGAGCUUGCACCAGUAAAAAGAACAAGGAAAAUUUUCCCAGAGACUUGGUUAUGGAGAACAGAAACUGUGCAAUCCAAUGGUACUGUCUCAAUAGAAGAAACUGUUCCAGAUACCAUUACAUCUUGGGUAGCCACUGCGUUCGCUAUCCAUCCAGAUUCAGGCCUUGGAAUUUCUUCAUCAGCAGCACAGCUUGAAGUUACCAUGCCCUUUUUUGUGUCGGUAAACCUGCCUUAUUCCGUGGUAAGGGGAGAAAAAGUGAUAAUACAAGUCAACAUUCACAACUACAGUCCACAACAACUGUUUACAUCAAUCAGUCUGAAGAAAAGCUCAGAAUUCGAUUAUGUCAAAAUCGAAGGAACCAAAACAUCUAUUGCAUCCAUUGAUGCUUUUCGAACAGUAACGGUCGGCGCUGAUGAAGUGUUAGCUGUGUAUUUUCCUAUCAUACCACGGAAAAUAGGGCUAGUUGAUAUCAACGUGCAAGCGAAGACACCAAUUCAGGCUGAUGCUGUAAAGAAAAAACUUCUUGUCGAGGCUGAAGGUACUCCACGUGAAUAUAAUUUACCCAUUCUCGUCGACUUGAGAAAUUCUGGAACAGUUACAAAAACUGUAAACACUGAGUAUCCACUCCGUACAGUUAAAGGAUCAGAAAGGAUUACGGCAACUGUAAUUGGUGAUUUAAUGGGACCAAGCAUUAAUGGCUUAGACAAGUUGCUGAAACUUCCAACUGGAUGUGGCGAACAAAACAUGCUGAAGUUUGCUCCUAAUAUAUAUAUUGUAAAAUAUUUAGAGGCAACAAACAACCUUAAUGAAAAUAUAAUGGAUAAAGCGAAGAAUUUUCUGACCACAGGUUAUCAGAGGGAGUUAACUUACGCUCACACGGAUGGUUCAUUUAGUGCGUUCGGAAAGCGAGAUAAACGGGGUAGUACUUGGUUGACAGCUUUUGUGUUGAAAUCAUUUGUUCAGGCGAAACCAUAUAUAUUUGUUGAUGAUGAUGUUAUCAACAAGGCAGUAGACUUUCUUAUAGAUCAGCAAAAUGCCGAUGGGACGUUUAGAGAGCCAGGCAAUGUACUUAAUAAGGCUAUGCAGGGAGGAUCAACCUCAGGAAACGUUACUCUGACGGCAUAUGUUAUGAUUUCGCUUCUCGAGGCUAGAGUAGUAAAAGGGGUUGCUAAGAAGAUAUCAAUGGUUCAAACUAAAGCAUUGUCGUAUCUGGAGAAUGAAGUGCCAACUCUUACAGAUGUGUACGAUCUUUCAAUUGUUGGAUAUGCCCUUCAACUUGCUCAAAGUUCUCAAGCUUCUUUAGUUUGGACAAAGCUUGAUGCAAAAGCCAAGACGGAAGCCGGAACAAAACACUGGGAAAAAGUUAAAAAGGGAAACGCAAAUAUAAAACCUUGGGAAAAGAGAAACGGCGUCGCAGAAGAUAUAGAGAUGACCUCUUAUGCACUUCUCACUUUGGCAAACAAGAACGACAGUACUGAUCCAAGCGGUGUACAAGUUUUGAAAUGGGUCACUGAACAGAGGAACCCCAAUGGAGGUUUCUCCUCAACCCAGGAUACAGUUAUUGCAUUACAAGGACUUGCAGAAAUGGCCGCGCUUAUAUACUCACCUGUACAUGAUGUCACAAUAAAAAUUGAAGGCACUGGGUUUUCCGAUACGCUAAAGAUACAAAACACAAACGCACAAGUUCUACAAUCUAGAGACCUGCCACCGAAUGUGGGAGCAGUUACUGUAACUGCGACAGGCACAGGAUUAGCUCUCGUCCAGAUCGAAGUUUCCUACAACAUUGACAGUGAUGAUCAGAAACAAAGCUUUCAAUUAAAUGUUGCUAUUCCACGAGAAACAGCAAAUGAUUUUGAUGUGAUGGUUUGUGCCAGAUGGUUAGAGGAAGGGUCAAGCUCAAUGGCGGUGAUGGAAAUCGGAAGUCCGUCUGGAUUUGUUGGCGAUUUGGUUUCAGUGUAUUCAAAACCUGAUCAUAAAAGAGCGGAUAUCGACUUGCGGAAAAUAAUUCUAUACUUUGAUGAGAUAGACGCUGGUGAGACAUGUUCAACAGUAACAAUGCAACGAGUAGGUCUUGUUGCCGGCGUUCAGCCUGUGGCAGUCCGAAUCUAUGAUUAUUACGAACCAACGAAGCAAGUGACAGAAUUCUACAUACCAGAAGUUAUUCGAAGAUCUGAGGUUUGUGAAAUUUGCGGGAAGGAUUGUGACUUUUGUUUGUAAGCUCAUACUUGUUAAUAAUGUGACACUGUUAUAGAUCUCUUAGUUGCAAUACUGAGAACGGUUUCUAAGCUUACGAACGACUUUGCAGAUGACAUUUGUUGUUGACAUGUCAUGUUGGACUUUCAUUUGUAUAUUUUUCAUGGUAUUGAAAUCCAAUUUAUGGUUUUGUAUGCAUUUGAGCUGACUAUUAUAUGUAAACUAUUUUAAUGUUUGCUUUAAAUAAAUGAUGUAGAUAA